AUGCCAUAUUCUCCCAUGUCUGAGAAGGGAGAUGAUGAGGAUGAUAAGGAUGACGAUGAUGAUAACCAUGUUGGUGAUGGUGUUAAUGGUGAUGUUGGUGGUAUUGGUAAUGAUGUUAGUGUUGUUGGUAUUGGUGUUGGUGUUGGUGGUUGUCUUAUUAUUGGUGGUUUUAUUAUUAUUGGCGUUGGUGUUGGUGGUGGUGUCAGUAUUAGUGGUGUUAGUGCUGGUAUUGAUAUUGGUGUUAUUGAUAUUAAUGGCGUUGGUAUUGUUAUUGGUGUUGUUGUUGUUGGUGCUGGUAUUGGUGGUGAUGUUGGUGUUGGUAUAUAUUGUAUUGGUAUUUUUGGUGGUGUUAUUGGUGGUGUUGAUCUGGAUGCUACUUCUAGGGGUGUUGCUGGUGGAGUUGUUGAUGUUAGUGGUAGCCAUGCUGAUGCUGAUGCUACUGCCAGUUACGAUGAUGAGCAUGUUGAUACUCAAGAAAAAAUAAAUACUACUCAAGAAUGGAAUGGUGAAGGUUUAUUACUGCAACUUACCUGUCUUCGAAGAGGCCAAUUGUUUUUCCAAGAUGCAUCCACUAUUUAA